CCCAAACCCAUUAUAAACUGCGCCCAAACAGCAUCGUACUUCUUUCUCUUUUUAGCUCCUCCUCUCUCCUGUCCGGUUUCUCUCUCGCUUCAUUAUUCAGCUUCUAGAAACACCAAGAAGCACAAUCACAAACAUCAAUCAUUAAAGUACCAUUUUAAUGAGCACAAAAUUAAUUAAAUCUUCAAAAAAUUAAUUCAAAAUCACUUCAAAUUUUUCUUCGAUCCGAUUCAAAGCGAGAGAGAAAAGGCUAAAAAGGAGCAGCAGCUAUGGCGCUCUCAGCUUCCGAUUUAGGCACGAUAUAUUCUUUAUUGACGAAUUCAAUGAGCGGCGAUGAGAGCGUCCGUAAGCCAGCCGAGGCGGCGCUCUCGCAGUUCGAGAGUCGGCCUGGUUUCUGCUCCUGUCUAAUGGAAGUUAUAACUGCAGCAGAUUUAGCUUCGCAAGUCGAUGUUCGAUUAUUAGCUUCGGUGUACUUUAAGAAUAGUAUCAAUCGGUACUGGAGGAACCGGAGGGAUUCUGCGGCAAUAAGCAGUGAAGAGAAAAAUCACUUGAGACAAAAAUUACUGUCGCAUUUGAGAGAAGAGAACGAUAAGAUAGCUGGACUGUUGGCUGUUCUUAUUUCCAAGAUUGCUCGCCUUGAUUAUCCAAGAGAAUGGCCAGAGCUCUUUUCAGUUUUAGCGAACAAGCUUCAAUCAGCAGAUGUCCUUACUUCUCACAGGAUUUUUUUGAUUCUGUUCCGAACUUUGAAGGAAUUAUCCACUAAACGUCUUACUGUUGACCAAAGGAACUAUGCAGAGAUAACAUCCCAUCUCUUUGGAUAUAGCUGGGGCCUUUGGCAGAGUGAUGUUCAAGCUAUAUUAAAUAGUUUCUCUACACUUGCACAAAGCUAUACUUCUAAUACUCUGGAACAUCAUCAUGAUGAGCUGUAUCUAAUGAGUGAGAGAUGGCUAUUAUGUUUAAAAAUAAUUCGCCAAUUGAUUAUUUCAGGGUUUCCAAGUGAUUCAAAAUGUGUACAGGAGGUCCAACCAGUCAAGGAGGUUUCCCCUAUACUCUUGAAAGCCAUUCAGUCAUUUCUCCCAUACUAUUCAUCUUUCCAGAAGGGACAUCCUAAAUUUUGGGACUUCAUAAAGAGGGCAUGUACCAAAUUAAUGAAGGUUUUGGUCACAAUUCAGGGCAGACAUCCUUAUUCAUUUGGUGACAAGUCUGUUCUUCCUCCUGUCAUGGAUUUCUGUUUAAACAAGAUAACUGAUCCGGAUCCAUAUAUUUUAUCAUUUGAGCAAUUCCUGAUUCAAUGCAUGGUAAUGGUGAAGUGUGUCCUUGAGUGUAAGGAGUAUAAGCUAAACCUAACUGGGCGGGUGAUGGAUGAAAGUGUGAUUACAGUGGAGCAGAUGAAAAAGAACAUUUCCAAUGCUGUUGGUGGUGUCCUGACUUCUCUUCUUCCAACUGAACGAAUAAUACAUUUGUGUAAUGUGUUAAUAAGGAGGUAUUUUGUUCUAACUGCUAGUGAUUUGGAGGAGUUGUAUCAAAACCCAGAAUCUUUUCAUCAUGAGCAGGAUAUGAUUCAGUGGACUGAAAAACUGAGGCCUUGCGCGGAAGCUUUAUACAUAGUAUUGUUUGAAAACCAUAGCCAGCUGUUGGGUCCUGUUGUGGUGUCCAUCCUUCAGGAGGCAAUGAAUGCUUGCCCAACAUCAGUUACUGAAAUCACUCCUGGGCUACUUCUUAAAGAUGCUGCCUAUGGUGCUGCUGCAUAUGUUUAUUAUGAGCUCUCUAACUACCUCAGCUUCAAAGAUUGGUUUAAUGGUGCUUUAUCCCUUGAACUGUCGAAUGAUCAUCCAAAUAUGUGUGUUAUCCAUCGAAAAGUUGCACUGAUACUAGGACAAUGGGUUUCCGAGAUUAAAGCUGACACAAAGAGACCAGUGUAUUGUAGUUUGAUCAGAUUGCUACAAGACAAAAACCUGUCUGUUAAGCUUGCAGCUUGUCGGUCUUUGUGUUUGCAUGUUGAGGAUGCAAACUUCUCAGAGCAAGAAUUUGUAGAUCUCCUUCCUAUUUGCUUUGAUUCGUGCUUUAAGUUGGUUGAGGAGGUUCAGGAGUUUGACUCGAAGGUUCAGGUUUUGAAUUUGAUAUCUGUUCUUAUUGGACACGUCCAUGAGAUCAUUCCAUUUGCAAACAAGUUGGUGCAAUUUUUUCAGAAGGUUUGGGAGGAGGCUUCCGGUGAGAGUCUUCUGCAGAUUCAGCUUCUCAUUGCUUUGCGGAAUUUUGUGGUUGAACUUGGCUACCAGUCACCUACUUGCUACAAUGUGCUAUUGCCUAUUCUGCAUGGUGGGAUUGAUAUAAAUAGCCCUGAUAUACUCAAUCUUUUAGAGGAUGGCAUGCUGUUAUGGGAAGCUACACUUUCCCAUGCGCCUGCAAUGGAGCCUCGACUGCUAGCGUACUUCCCAUGUCUCAUGGAAAUCAUGGAAAGAAGUUUCGACCACUUGCAGGUCGCUGUAAAUAUCAUGGAGGAUUACAUAAUUUUGGGUGGGACUGAAUUUCUAAGAAUGCAUGCUUCCAGCGUUGCCAAAGUUCUUGAUCUGAUUGUUGGAAAUGUUAAUGAUAGAGGCCUAUUAUCAACUCUUCCUGUCAUUGAUAUAUUGAUACAGUGCUUCCCUGCUGAAGUGCCCCCGCUUAUUAGCAGUACUUUGCAAAAACUAAUCAUGAUAUGUUUAAGUGGAAGAGAUGAUUUUGAACCUUCCAAGGCAGCUGUUAAAGCAUCUGCAGCUGCAAUUCUAGCAAGGAUUUUGGUGAUGAACACCAAUUACCUUGCCCAAUUGACAGCAGAACCAUCACUUUCAUUGCUUCUCCAGCAGGCAGACAUUCCAAUUGAGGAAAAUAUACUUCUUUGUUUGGUUGACAUAUGGCUUGACAAGAUAGAUAAUGCAUCUUCUGAUCAGAAAAAGACAUUUGGGUUAGCACUUUCAAUAAUUUUGACACUAAGACUGCCUCAAGUCGUUGAUAAACUUGAUCAGAUCCUCAGUGUAUGUACAAGUGUAAUUUUGGGUGCAAAUGAUGAUUUAACGGAGGAAGAGUCAAGUGGUGAUAACAUGAGCUCCAGCAAGUUUCAUGGUGAAGGCGUAAUUCCAAGUAGAGAGUACAGGAAAAGACAGAUUAAAUUUUCAGAUCCUAUAAAACGAUGGUCUUUGGAGAACUCAGUAAGAGAGAAUCUUCAAACAUGUGCUACUCUUCAUGGAGAAUCUUUUAAUUCAGCUAUUAGUAGAAUGCAUCCAGCAGCAUUUGCACAGUUGAAACAGGCUUUGAAGAUGCCAUAGACAGGAAUAGUACUUUCCUUUUUGCUUAGUGGUCACGUAUCAGGGCCCCUUCAAUUUUUUCUGUCCCAUGGUGAGAAGACAUAGGGUGAUGUAUUGGUGGAUUGGAUUUGUGGUUUGACAUUCUUCGUGUUAUUUCUUUGUAAGAAUGAACUGGGUGGUUGCUUUACAACAUCUACAUUUCAACUUUCAUUUGUAUACGCCCCCUUUGGCAACAGGAAAAUCUGUAAAUAGCUUGCUGCUCCUUUCUUGUUCCAGAUUUUCAAGGCACAAGGGUCGCAGCAUUGAGGUCAUAGGUUUUUGUCACGACUCUACAAAUGAAAAGAAGAUCUUAUAGAAUUGAAGAAAAGAUGUACAUUGUGCUGUUGAGUUGGAAUUCGUUACCUGUUUUUGUUCUCACAUGCCAAUCCCAUGUACUGCUUAUGAACUCGAAUGUUUGAAAAAUAUGUUCAGAAAUGAGUGUUUAUACGUAAAUAUCUUGGGAAAAAUGCAAAUGGACAAGAAAGAUGGAUGAUCAUUUAUAAUUCCUAUUGACUUUUAUGCUCU